UCUGAUUGGCUGAGGAGUCCGUGGCCGUUGGGGCGGGAAAAAGCUGUGGAGGGUUCGAGGCUGUGGUGGUAAUUGGGUUUUCCUCAGACUUGAGGCGACGACACACUCAUUGGAAGGGGACGAGGAAUCCAGGGUGUGGCAGAAGACUGGAGAGGAGCUAAGGGGGUCGGUAUGUGGAUCCAGUGAACCCGUCCAGGAGCCCCAAGAGGCUCGUGAAUAUGGACGGACCCGUGAGGCCAAGAUCGGCCUCCCUCGUUGACUUUCAGUUUGGAGUUGUCGCCACAGAGACGAUCGAAGACGCCCUGCUUCACUUGGCCCAGCAGAAUGAGCAAGCAGUGAGGGAGGCUUCGGGGCGGCUGGGCAGCUUCAGGGAGCCCCAGAUCGUGGAGUUUGUUUUUCUCCUGUCUGAACAAUGGUGUCUGGAGAAAUCUGUGAGCUACCAGGCUGUAGAAAUCCUAGAAAGGUUUAUGGUAAAACAGGCAGAGAACAUCUGCAGGCAAGCCACAAUCCAGCCAAGAGAUAAUAAGAGAGAAUCUCAGAAUUGGAGGGCUCUGAAACAGCAGCUUGUCAACAAGUUUACUCUCCGUCUUGUGUCAUGUGUUCAGCUGGCCAGCAAACUUUCCUUCCGAAACAAAAUAAUCAGCAACAUUACAGUCUUGAAUUUCCUCCAGGCUCUAGGCUAUCUACACACUAAAGAAGAACUGCUGGAAUCAGAGCUUGAUGUUUUGAAGUCCUUGAACUUCCAAAUUAAUCUGCCCACUCCCCUGGCAUAUGUGGAGACGCUCCUAGAGGUUUUAGGAUACAAUGGCUGUUUGGUUCCAGCCAUGAGGCUGCACGCAACCUGCCUGACACUGCUCGACCUGGUCUAUCUUCUGCAUGAACCCAUAUAUGAGAGCCUGUUGAGGGCUUCAAUUGAGAACUCCACUCCCAGUCAGCUGCAAGGGGAAAAGUUUACUUCAGUGAAGGAAGACUUCAUGCUGUUGGCAGUAGGAAUCAUUGCAGCAAGUGCUUUCAUCCAAAACCAUGAGUGUUGGAGCCAGGUUGUGGGGCAUUUGCAGAGCAUCACUGGUAUUGCCUUGGCAAGCAUUGCUGAGUUCUCUUAUGCAAUCCUGACUCACGGCGUGGGAGCCAACACUCCAGGGAGACAGCAGUCUAUUCCUCCCCACCUGGCAGCCAGAGCUCUGAAGACUGUUGCUUCCUCUAACACAUGAGGGAGGCUGAAUCCACCAAAUAUAAACAGCCAUCCGUCACUGCA